AUGUUGGGGAAGAGUUUGGCUAUUUGUUUUGUUUUUGCAGCCCUUUUGAUGGCUUAUCACUGCGAGGCUGAGGUGGCGCGUGAUGAUAAUUUUAUUGGGACAAGGGGCAGCCAGUUUGUAAUGAACGGGAGGCCAUUUUAUUUUAAUGGCUUCAAUUCUUAUUGGUUGAUGUAUAUGGCUUCUGACCCGUCGACUAGAGAUAAGGUGACAGACACUUUCGCUCAAGCUUCUGAGUAUGGAAUGAAUUUGGCGAGAACUUGGGCUUUUAGUGAUGGUGGCUAUAGAGCCCUUCAAACGUCUCCAGGCUCGUAUAAUGAAGAUAUGUUUAAGGGUUUGGAUUUCGUUGUGGCUGAAGCCAAGAAACAUGGAAUUUAUUUGUUAUUGACUCUGGUCAACAAUUGGGAAGGCUUUGGAGGGAAAAGACAAUAUGUUCAAUGGGCUAAGGAUAAAGGCCAUUACUUGAACAAUGAUGAUGACUUCUUCACUAAUUCAAUUGUCAAACAAUACUAUAAAAAUCACGUUAAGGCUGUACUAACAAGAUUCAACUCAAUAACUGAAGUGGCGUACAAAGAUGACCCCACCAUAUUGCAUGGGAGCUUAUAA